AUGUCGAGAGAAGAUGAUCUGGGAUAUAUCAUGCUCCACCAGGCCAUUCGAAUGGGAGAAUCUCUGGGUCUGGUCGGUAGCACAGGUCCUCGCAUGGCUUCUGGCGAACUAUCGCAGGACAUGGAAAUUUCAUGCAAGCGAACGGCAUGGGGUCUUUUCAACGUCGACACAAUCGUCCACACGGGUUUCCUACGCCCUAGUCUCAUCGAUCAUGUCAAUAUGGCUCGCGUCUCUCGAAGCCCAAUCGAAGAUCAGUCUUUAUGGAGCCCAUACCCUACGCAUCGCGAGGCUCGUCCAUCGUUCCUCGCCUCGUACUUUGACGAAGCAUGCGGCCUGUCGACGAUUGCGCGAGAUAUCUCGCGCAGCAUGUUCGCAGAUCACCGAGUCAGUGCAGCUUUGGGCCCGGUUCACCUCCAGAGCCGUGAGGCUCUCUACGAUCGCCUCCGUCACUGGCACGCACUACUGCCCGAAGACUUCGAUGUGCGAUACAGACCGGCUCCACACAUCAUCUUACUCAAAAUGCGAUAUAACACCCUCAUCAUCAACCUUUUCAGCUGUAUCUCCGCAGACCCCUCCUUCGAGCCCAAUACCCCUGAAAGCCCAUCCCGCCAUACCCCAGACCUGAAAUACAACGCGUGGGAAGUAACGAGCAGUGCGGCACGAGGAAUUGCAUCCUUGACUCGGCUCCACAGACGGGAAUUCGGAAUCAGUCGCGCGCAUCAUUUCGCCAUGUACGCGAUCAACCUUGCGCUUUUCACCAUGCUCGAGCAAGAGUCUUUUGACGUGCUGGAUGAGGAUUUCCUCACGCUCGUGAGUGCCUUCUCCGUCGUUGCGAGUCGAUCAGCGCUUGGAAGGAAUCUGUUCCAUAUUUUCCGGCAGUCGGUGCGCGGGAAGGCGCAGGGGUAUCGGAUUCGCGGGUCUGAGAUUCCCGAUGAAUUGAAGGAUCUUUUUGAUGAAGAUUCCGCCAGUAAGGGCUGUCAUCGAUUUGAUGAAUAUGCCGAGGGAUUGGAGAAAUUGAAUCAGAAAGACAAAUAUCGUGGCAUUGGCGGUGGCUUGCAGGAUUAUCCUGGGCUUGGACUCUCUGAUAUGCUGGAUCGAUACGAGAGUCUGAGUCUGGGGAAAGAUGAUGUCCUUGCCGAGAGGUAUCUUGUGGGUUGUUAA